AUGACAGCAAUUAACUUUACAAUUGACCUAGUGUCAAAUGGGUCUACAGACAUCUUUCCAGAAAAUACAUUAUCAAAAUUUCAAAAUCAAAUUGAUCCUGCAUUGGAACUUGAUGGUGAUUGGGAAGUUGCACUAACAGAAAUUUAUUUUCCCAUCAAAUUUGCUAUUGAUAUAUCAGAGAAAAUGCAAGUUAAUUUUAACAUUUUGUAUACAGCAUUCACCUUUUAUCCAAAUAUCGACUUGCGAGUGAUAUACCCUCCUGAACAAAAGUGGAGGAAAUAUGACACUUUGGGUGGUGAUUAUGAGUCAUCUGUUGAUAUUUUUCCAGAUGACUCUGUUAAUGCGAUAAUAGAUAAACUCAACACUUCAAUGAUGGCAAAUUUGAAAAGUAUCGCUCCUACACUUGUUUUCGAUUCCUAUCCUAAAUUUGUUUGCGAAAAUGGGAAAACAAUCUUCUAUCCUGGUCUUCUCACUACAAAAAAAGAUAAAGCUACCGCGCUUAAUGUUCGUUUAAAUGGUCCUGUUGAUGAGAUAAAAGCAAAAUACAAAAAAGAUCAUGACAUUGAUUUAGAAGAGAUUGGAAAGCUGCCAACUGAAGCGGGAGGUGUAAAUAAGGCUUUUAAGCAUUACAAAAACAUAUUUAUUGAUGGAAUGCACACUUAUAGUGCUGCAGAUGGAGAAGAAACUGAGAAAUACAAAGAAAUUGCAUCUACUGUUUUUGUUCCGCAAUUUUCAGACGGGAAAUUAAUGGAAUAUUUAGGCUUCUCUCCAUCAGCGGAUGCUUUAAUCGAUAAUAUUGAUCAUUUCAAACAGGAAGUUGUAGUAACAACACCUCUUUAUCAUAAAAAUAAUGUCAAUCUGAUGUACGUAUAUACUGAUAUCAUACGAGAUCAUGCGGUUGGAGGAACUAAAGCGCCUGUAUUGAGAGCAGUACCACUGACGACUGGUAUUUAUCAAGGAAUCGGUUAUUGUACAUUUGAGCAUCGAAUAUAUUAUCCAGUGCGGAAAAACCAUAUCGAAAAUAUUGCGAUUUUUUGCUUGGAUGAUACUGGAGAGCAGAUUAAAUUUGCAAACAUUGGAAGAGUUUUUGUAAGCUUAGAUUUUCGUAAAAAGAAUUAAUAUAAAGAAAACAAUGUAUUUAAAUGGUGAAUUGAAUAAAAUGAUUCAAAGAAAAACUUACUGUCCUAAAGAUAGUGAUUUCAAUGACUAUUUUGCACAUCAAGUCGGUUCUGGAUUCGGUGACAUUAGAAUAGUCAGAGGUCCUAGGUAUCAAAGAGGGUAUGGCUUCGGUAGCUUCUUCUCUCGCUUAGCUAUGCCUGUUAUAAGGUAUUUAGGCAAAGAAGCUCUGAAUAAAGGAGUCAGUAUCGGUAAGCGUGUAGUUCAAGACCCUCAAAUUCAACAAGCUUUCAAAGAUAGUGUUAAAGAUUUGGCAAAUAAAGGACUAGCUAAAAUUAAGGAAAAGGUUAUAACACAAGAAGGAAGUGGACGAAAAAGAUUAUAUAAAAGGAGGCAAAAGUCUAAACCUCAAAAAUCUUUGCGUAAAGUGAAGAAGCACACUCUGAAAAGAGUGAGCAAAAAGAAAGGAAUCAAAAAGAGGAGAGUAAUAAGAAAACAACGAGAUAUUUUCAAAUAAUGGAGUAUAUACAUGCAUCUUCGUCUCCAGCUACUAUUGCUGAGCUUGAUUUAUUUCAAUUUCCCCCAACACAGACUGUCAUUGAAAGUAUCUAUGACACAGAAUACAGACCGAUAGGAUCGAUUGCGAAAGCUAAUGUAUUUGAAUUCAUAGUGCCAGCUUCGGAACACUACACUGACCUCUCUGCAACGUAUUUGUAUGCAAAAAUGAAGAUUGACGUACCCACAGGAAAAAGUGUUACACCCACAAACAAUUUUGCUGCCUCACUAUUUGAGCAACUUGAUGUUUAUUUUGGGAGUGUAAACGUCACACCUGGAAAUAGUUUAUACCACUAUCAGUCAUACAUUGAUGACAUAUUUUUCAAGUAUAAAUCACCCCUUGAUGAUUGUCAAAUGAUUAAUGAUACGGAUUCUGCAAGAUCUGAUAGAAUCAAAGAUAAAAAAGAGUUUGACAUUAUAAUACCUAUUCACGCUCCAAUGUUUCAACAAGAAAAAUUUUUGAUUGAUAAUGUGCCCAUCUCGUUACGAUUCAAAUGUGCACCGCAGACUUUUGGAUUGAACAGCGCAACAGAAGUAACUCCGCUGAGUGUAGAGUUUACACAGCUUUCUCUUUUCAUAAGGCGAGUUAAAUUGUAUGCUCCAGUACAAAUGGCAAUCACUUCACAAUUGGAAAAGAGUCCGGCAAAGUAUUACUUUCAAAGGAAUGAAGUCAAAUCAUUUCAUCUACCAAAAGACUUUGCUGCAAAUAGCAUUGACAAUGUAUACAAUGGACAGUUACCACGCAAAAUUAUUGUUGGUUUUGUUUCUGAUGAUGCAUUUAAUGCGAAAUUGACAAAAGACUCAUUCAAUUUUGAACAUAAAAAUCUGCAAAGCGCUACGAUUGUCGUAAAUGGAACUAAAAUACCGAGUACACCUUAUCAGCCUGAUUUCAAAAAUAAAUUAUUCAUGAGAGAAUACUUUAAUGUUUUCCGCUCCAUGAAUCAAGAUAAUGGAAUACCUAAAAUCAAUCUAAAAUAUCAAAAUUAUUCUGAUAAAUAUCCACUUCUUGUUUUUGAUUUAACCGAUGAUGGUACUCUCGCAAGUGAUUCAGGUGUAUUAUCUAUGAUCAAGAGAGGCAAUGUUCGUAUGGAUAUUCAAUUUUCUUCUGCUCUUAGUGAAGGGAUGCAUAUGCUGGUGUUUGCUAUAUAUGAUAGCGUUCUACAAAUUGAUGCAGCACGUAAUAUUGUCACGGACUACUGAUGGCUUUAACAACAUUAGAUAUACAAAAUCAACUCGUAAAAUACAAAAAUUUCAAAGGAGUAUACGCAAUUGAUAAACUUCCACUUACUUUGUUUCCAAAACCUUUCGGAAUCGUAAUCAAUCUCGAUCCAAGCUGGAAAUCUGGCUCACAUUGGACAGCAGUAUUUAUACCAAUAUACGGCAGUGGAAUUUAUUUCGAUUCUUAUGGGCAGCAACCUCCUGAAAUGAUAAAAACCUAUUUGGAAAGAAACUGUAAACGUUAUGAUUAUAUCUAUAAUGUAGAUGUAUUUCAAGGAGACUUGUCGAUCAAAUGUGGUUAUUUUUGUAUCUCUUUCUUGAAAAGUUGCUUUACUGGUUCUUACUUACCUUUUUUGAAAUGUGAACAAAAACACAAUGAAAAUAUAAUAAACAAAAUUUAUUAAAAUAAGAUUUAAAAUUAAAUGUAAUUAAAUGAAUAAAUCAAAGAAUGAAAUUACAAAACGUUGGAAAUAGUAUCUGCAAUAUCAUCAAUUUCCAUUUCAUCCCAUGCUUUAAAAACAUCUUCCCAUGAAUCCCCCUCUAUCACCGGUAUAGGUUUAUUGCACAGGUCCAUUUUUUUCAAAGCAGGAUCCUCAAAUUUUAUUGCCUCGGGUUUUCCCUCAUUACACCAUUGCUCCAACUCUUCCAUAUUGAUUUCGGUUUCUGGCUGUUCUGAUUCUUUUUUUGUUUCACCCCAUUUUAUGCUUUUAAUCCAUAAUUCGAUCAGCAUUCUCGUCGUCAAUUCGAAAACGAAUGGCUUUCUAGUUGCCACCAGAGGGAUUCGGCUUCUCUUUGCCUUUUUUUGAUUGAUUUUCAUCAUUCGCUGUUUCAUGUUAUACUUUGCCAUCUGUAAAAGAAAGAAAAGAGAAACAUUAAUAAAAUGCAAAAAA